AUGCAAAAAGUAAAAAUUGAAGAAAUCCAAAAACAUUGGAACGUUGAAUUGAAGAACGCUGAAGUGUAUGCAGAGAAGGAAUUUGAAGGAUAUUUAGAAGAUGUUAAUGGAGUAGCCAUUUCUCAUUACAAAGGCGAUUCUGAGAGGGGAAUUGUGAUUAAGGGUGAGACGAUUGCGGAAAAUUGUAAGGUUGACCAAAUUUUAAAGCUAUUCGAAACACCAGAUUGGGAAGUAGUGAAGAGUUAUGAUAAGAAGGCCAAAUAUUUCAAGGAAAUUGAGAGAAUUGAUAGUUGGAGUAUAAGACAUUUUAUAUUCUCUUCACCAUCUCGUUUUGUUUCUGAACGAGAUUUCAUACUGGUUGGUCAUUCCAUCCAUUCAAAUGAAUACAUAGGAUGGUUGAGUACCUCUAUUGAUGAUUAUUAUUCAUUCAAUUCUAAUGACAAGUCAUUAGUGAGAGGAACUAACUAUUUCACAUUGUUCAAAUUUUAUCAAAUUGACAAUGAUGUGAAGUGCACCAUGAUGGUUCAAUCAAAUCCCAACGGAAUGAUUCCAACUUCCCUAGCCAAUCAAGCUCUUCAUGAGAGGCCAAACUUAUUAUUUGAUGUGAGUCAGUAUCUUGGUAAAAAGAAUAGACCUUGUUGA